CAGGAGAGAGAGAGAGAGUCAACAUGGCGUCCGAGCAGGAGAGUUCCAACGGGCCGGUGAAGAAGUCCAUGAGAGAAAAGGCCAUAGAAAGACGCAACAUCAACAAGGAACACAACAGUAACUUUAAAGCUGGCUAUGUCCCCAUAGAAGAAGAGCGUCUUCAUAAGACAGGGCUGAGAGGACGUAAGGGAAACAUGGCCAUUUGCAUCAUCGUCCUCCUCUUCCUCCUCGCCUUAAUUAACCUCAUUAUCACACUAGUCAUAUGGACUGUGAUCCGUAUUGGUCCGAAUGGCUGUGACAGUAUGGAGUUCCAUGAGAGUGGCCUGCUGCGCUUCAAACAGAAGGCGGACAUGGGCAUCGUUCACCCGCUGCACAAGAGCACAGUAGGAGGCCGUAAGGACCAGGACCUGGUGAUUGUCGGCAACAACAACCCGGUUGUGUUCCAGCAAGGCACAUCUAAGCUUAGUGUAGAAAAGGACAAGACCUCGGUCGUCAGUGAUGUUGGAAUAACGUUCACGGACCCUCGCACACAGACCACGUACUUCAGUACGGACUUUGAAAACCAUGAGUUCCAUUUGCCCAAAGGAGUCAAAGUCCUCAGCGUUAAAAAGGCGUCCACAGAAAGGAUCACCAGCAGUGCAUCAUCUGACCUGAACAUUAAAGGGGACAGCAAGGCUAUUAUCCGUGGUAAUGAGGGGGUCAACAUCAUGGGCCGGACCGUAGAGUUCAAAGUGGGUGGAGGCAUUGAGCUAAGAGCUGAAAACAGCAUCGUCCUCAAUGGAUCAGUCAUGUUCAAUACCACACGCAUCCCUAACUCAGCAGGAGAUGUGUAUUUCGAUCAAGAUAUGGAGAGGUACAAGCUGUGCAUGUGUGCGGACGGGACUCUGUUCCGCGUGAAGGUGAAGUAUCCCAACAUGGGGUGCCAGACGUCAGACAACCCGUGUGGAAAAGCUCACUAGGCGGCCUGACUGGAAUCUGCGUAAAUCACCAAUCAAGUCAGAUUACAUAUUUUGCAUAACAGGACUUUCUAUAGGAAAUUCAUCAUGACUUGCACAUAACAAUACUGUACCUCUGUGGUUCACCUGACAAAUUCUGUAUUCCGUAUUUUUUUUGCAGAGCAGGAAUGAUAGAGAUCGAUACCACUUGGCCAAAGAUAUUAACAGAAAUCCUGAAGUAUUUUUGAUUUUUUCUGCAAAGUUGCCAAAUUUAUUAAAACUCUAUUAUGCCAUGAAAGCGCUUCACACUCCUACAGAUAAAAUCGUAUUGUGGUUUACAUUGCCUGUCGCAAUUAAAGUCUACGGUAUUUAUUUUUGCCUUACCGUCCAGUAUUAUACACUAAGUUGGCAGUUUAAAAGGUAGAUCGAGCUAAAACUGACGCUUUCUAAUAAUAACAAUCCUGCAGUAAAUCCUCCUCCAUGAAUGCUUUAAAGUUCAGUUAUUAUUUAAAUUGUUUCAGAGAGGUGUUGAUUCUUUUGAGGAUGUAGAUUGUGGUGCUGUUGAACUGUUAUUACCUAAUACAGACAAGUGUUUCUGUUUUCAGAUAAAGAUAAACGCUUUAGACAAAAUAUUAAUCAACAGCACCACAAAUUUCCACAUCCAAAAUUACUAGAAAGCUGAAUCAACACCUUCCUAAAACUGAACAUUAUAACGUCCAUGAAAGUUGAAUUUACUGCAGGACUUGUAUUAAACUACAUUAGUUUUAGCUAGGUGUCAGUAGUAAACUACUAACCGGGAGUAAAAACCAUGUGGAGGGGUUAUAUAUGAUUUUAUUUGCUGUUCUUUGUUCCUGGCAGCUGUGUUUGAUACUCUCUUUAUUAUUUUUUUGAGUGAGACACUAAGAUUAUAUCAAGUAAUAUGCACAGAAUUGGGAUGAACUGUAACAUGAGUGAUACAUUUUUAAGCCAUCCAGUAAUGCUAAACAGGCCUUUUUCUGCACAUCUAUGUCUCUCCAUCAUGCAAGUGUCAAUGGAUUUACAAGGGAUGAUCUGAGAUAUAUAUGUAUAGUAUUCUAAUUUUGUUGCAGAAGCUUUUUACAGUGAGGAAAUUCACUAUUGCAAAACAAAAGAGUGUUUGCACUAAGUUAUACUACAGAUUAAUGCAUUUCUCUUUAAAUGUUAUGUGUUCAUGAAUGUCAGAUGAGUGGAAACAAUCAAUAGCUUGUUUGAUGCCUAUAUUGUGUUGUUUGAAUUUUGUGCAAUAUACCAUAAAAUAUUUUAUUUUGCCUUGGAUUGUCUGUUUCUAAACAGUAGUGAUGUUAAGAACAUUUGUUAUUGAUGUCAUGAAGUAGUUGUUCUCAGAACAUUGCAGACCUGGUGCCUGUUUGGAAAGAAUUGAGUAAUUUUGAACCACUAUAUGGAAAAAUAUGUCCCACAUUUCAAUGCUAUGUUUGUUUCAAUAAAGCAACAUGUUGCUAUGUGAAA